AUGGGUACUUCGUUAAAAGUAAGCGAUCACAAUACAGAUCAUGCUAUAGCUGGAGCUAUUGGUGGUUUUGUAACAAGAUUUGUUUCUCAACCAUUAGAUGUUGUAAAAAUUAGAUUUCAGUUACAAGUUGAACCUAUUACUCCUCAUAGUGUUAGUAAAUAUCAUUCUUUAGUGCAAGCAUUUCUUAUGAUAUUUAAGGAAGAGGGUAUUCUUGCACUUUGGAAAGGACAUAUUCCUGCUCAGUUACUUUCUAUUGCUUAUGGAAUGACACAGUUUUAUGCAUAUAAUAUGAUUAUGAAAACAAGUGACAACUUUUCACAAUUAAAUGAGUGGAAAUAUUCAAUGAAAUUUGUAGCAGGUGCAGGUGCAGGUUCCAUAGCUACCACUACCUCAUUUCCUUUUGAUACCAUAAGAACUAGAUUAGUGGCACAAUCGAGUAAUCACCGAGUGUAUAAGGGAAUUCUUCAUUCUUGCAGUUGCAUUCUCAAGCAUGAAUCUCCAACAGUUUUUUUUAAUGGAUUACUACCAACUUUAUUGCAAAUUAUACCGCAUAGUGGUUUGCAAUUCCUAUUGUAUGGACUUUUCACCGAUGUGUAUAAAAGAUACAGCGAUAAAGCUGAUACAAGUUUCCUUAAUUCUAUGAUAUCUGGUAGUGCAGCUGGUCUAUUAGCUAAAACAGCAGUAUACCCACUUGAUCUUAGUAGAAAAAGAUUACAAAUACAAGGAUUUCAGCAUGGUAGAAAAGGCUUUGGUACUUUUUUCCACUGCAGAGGAUUAAUAGAUUGUCUAAGACUGACAUUAAAAGUAGAAGGUGUGAAGGGGUUGUUUAAAGGUUUAGUACCAAGUCAGUUAAAAGCUGCAGUAACAACAGCAUUACAUUUCACUGCAUAUGAACAAAGUUUAAUAUUAAUAAAAACAAUAAGGAAUCUGAGUACUUCAGAAGAAUGA